AUCGGGCGGCGGCUCCGCGCGCGGCCGAUUCGCCGGCCCGUGGCGAAUCUGCGGGGCCGGGGCCGGGCCGGGCCCUCCUCGUGCGCGCGCGCGUGGCGAAUCUGCGGGGCCGGCGCGCGGGCGGUGACUGAGCCACAGGAGGUGGAACAUGGCUGGACAAAUAUCAGAGUCUGAUCAGAUCAAGCAGUUCAAGGAGUUUCUUGGCACAUACAAUAAACUUACAGAAAACUGCUUUGUGGAUUGCAUAAAGGAUUUCACUAGCAGAGAUGUGAAACCAGAAGAGAUAACUUGCUCAGAAAACUGCCUGCAGAAGUAUCUAAAGAUGACACAGAGGAUCUCCAUGAGAUUCCAGGAGUACCACAUCCAGCAGAACGAGGCUCUGGCAGCCAAGGCAGGACUGCUCAGCCAACCUCGUUAGAGCAGAGCACUGUGCUCAGACUUAAGCUGUGCCAAGAACACAUUGGGGGACUCCUGCUGUCAGGAUAUGUGUCCAGCAGCUCAGAGCAGAGCUGUGGGUGCUGCUCAGGCAGUGGGAGCAGAAGGGUUAAACAGGAGCUCAGUCCUGAUGGCCUUGCAGUGGAGUUUGUUUCCACAAGGGAAUGAUGCAGAUACAUUUCCCAGGGCCUGCAGACUGGUGUCUGAAUUUCAGGGGUGGUGGGAGGGCUCACCUGCCUUUUGCUGAAACUGGUUGAGAUGAAUCAAUGUAAUGUGGGGAAUACACUUUUUUAUUUAAUUCCAAUAAAAUCAGCUGGAGCCAUA